UUUCGAAGAUUUGAAAGGGACAGACACGACUGAGUAAUAGGCCUUGACUGCUUGAGCACAAAAGAAAUCCCAAGCAACAUUAGUUAUCGUCUAUGCUAAAAGAAAUGCGACAAUGGCUGCAAAACAAGUCACUGAAAGAGGAUUAGUGAUGAUUGAUCUUGCUUCCGCUCUGUUGUGUUGUCUGUCAUUGUCAGCCCUUUUGUCAUCAGCAGAAAAAUUAGAAUCUUCAUUAACAAUACUGAAGGAGGUUAACCUUAGGGGGCCUUAUCUUGGUUUGAUCACGGUUUAUCCCCCAGAAGAAGAUGCUUUCUUUGACACUGGUGCAUUCAAACCACACCAAAAACACCCUUAUGUCGACUUGUCAGGCAGGCGUUUCCGAGUAGGGAAGAUGGGAAAAAAGAAAGUCAUUUAUGUGAGAUGCGGGGUUGGAAUGGUGAAUGCUGCAGCAGCAACGCAACAAAUGUUAGAUAUGUUUGAUGUAAUUGGAGUAGUGCAUUUUGGCAUCGCGGGCAGUAUUAAUAAUUCCAUGUCCAUAGGAGAUGUUACCAUCCCCAAGCAGUUUGCUCAGGCGGGCUUAUGGGAUUGGCUCAAGCCUAAUGCGACAAUCCCAGCAGGUGAUUUUACUGAAUUGGAUUUUGGAGCCUACAGUGAGCCGUCCAGAGGAUAUAAUCAAUUGGGGAGCAUUGGAUACAGCACUGAGCAGUUCUUUUCGAAGUGGGGAAAGCCCAAUACUGCUCAAAGAAAGCUUUGGUUUCACGUAAGCAAGAAUUGGCUUGAAUUAGCAAACACUCGUCUUGAGGGGAUGGUGCUGGAGCAGUGCGUGAACUCGAGCUCGUGCCUAACUCAAAGGCCCAAGCUAGUUGUUGGACUCAGCGGCGCAACUGCUGACAUUUUCCUUGACAAUGCAGCUUAUGGGGAGUUCCUAUACAAAACUUUCCAAGUCUCCUCAGUGGAUAUGGAAAGUGUAGCCGUGGUCAUGACAAGUCUGUCAAAUGGGUUUCCGGUUAUUGUCAUCCGAGGACUAUCCGACCAAGCUGGAGCACAAGAAGGCCAGAAUCCAAUCGACUUAUUUGGGCCUCUGGCAGCUUCAAAUGCCGCCAAAGCUGUUGUUCAAUUUGUGAAGGCAUUAUGAGCAGGUCAUUUACAAGUUUUAGUCACAAAGAUGCAAAUAAUCCUCAUCAAAGGCCACCAUAUAAACAUCAAUGUGGUUUAAGGACUCGCAAUAUACUUGAUGACAUCAAUAUUGUUGUUUUCUGCCACACUGCAUCGGGGGGCAUAUAUAGAAUUAACCGUACAAGACUUUCAUUACAAUAUCCAUACGAGCAUGAAAUUUUGCCA